UCACAGUUUGACCUCUGAAUGAGUUCCUUCUCUCUGAGAGUCGAGGUCACCCUGCUGCCAUGACUGCAUAAAUGGCACAUCCCUUCCUCUGCACACUUUGUUUUUCGCGAUGUGGUUCCCGCCGUGGGACCGUAUCCAGCUGAAAGAGGAAGGCUAGAUUCAGGCCCCUCGCUUCCUGAUUGGAAAACAUGAGCACGAAGCAGAGCCGUGGCCGCAGGUCUGUGAGGCUCGGCAGCAUCGACGCGCAAACAGGCUCAGAGAGACCAAGACAUCCUGCUGAUGUGCACUCGGAGUUUCCGCAGAAGGGCAAUAAAAGAAGCACACGUGAAAAGGGAAGUAACGAAAGCAGCACGCCGGACGCGGGAAAUAGAGUGUUUGACGCACAUUUUGAUACAGUCCAACUUUCUUGGGUGUUUCUUGCUGACGCCCACUUUUUAUCAGCAGCUGAUCUCAUGCGUGAUGAGGUGGUACAGCGAAGGAAGGCACCGCGUCUCAGGGCCUCGCUUUUCUCGGUCCAUCUCAACCUUUGGAUUUGCAUAGUCAGCAGGGUUGUUCUGUUUCUGUCGUCCUCCGCUUCCUGGUCCGCGCUGUUCCCGGUCACGCUCGCUCAUGAGCACCCAAGUCAAACGCUGAAAUGGAGAAGACGGUCACGGUGCUGGUGCUUCUGAUCACGACGGAGGGAAUUGGAGGUUCUGGUUGGUCAGUGACCUUUGAAAACCCGGACCCUUGUGCUGUGAAGGGCUCGUCGGUGGCGUUCAGGUGCUCAUACAGCUAUAGAGAGGGGGAAACUGUCAGAGAGACUGCCUGGUCCAAAGGACACAUUAAACAACACAAUUGGAAACGUGUUGAGCUUUCAGAUCUUGCCUCAUAUGAAAAUCGCUCCGUGUACCUCGGUGACCGGCAGCACAACUGCAGCCUCGCAAUCCACGAUGUGCAGGGAAACGACAGUGGAUAUUACUACUUUAGGUUCGAUACGGACACGUACGGCUGGCGUAGCAGGGCUGGUGAAUCAGUCCAUCUUUCUGUCACAGAGCUCAGUGCCAGAGUUCACCCAGAGAGAGUGAGAGCAGGAGACGACGUGACUCUUGAAUGUGGAACAUCCUGCUACCGACCUCCCGGCACCGUCUGGUUCAAAGACGGACGGCCAGUAGCCAACCUGACGUUCCAGGCUCAGCCAGGAGAUUCUGGAAACUACUCAUGCGCUAUCGAAGGACAAGAGUCGGACCCAUCUGACCCCGUGGCUCUGGACGUCCAGUAUGCUCCGUUAAAUAUGUCCAUUGAGGUGAGCCAGCCUGGUGAUGUGGCGGAGGGCAGCAGCGUGAAUCUGACCUGCAGCGCUGUGGCUAACCCCGCGGCGGACAACUACACCUGGUACGGGGCCUCUGUUUCCAGCUCCAGCUCCAGCGCCAUGCUGUGGGUGGGCUCGGGACAGGUGCUGACUCUUCCCCCUGGGAAGGCGUCCCACGCUGGCCUCUACCUGUGCCAGGCCAGGAACAGUGUGGGGGAAAACUCAAGGGAGGUGCUGCUGACAGGGUAUCACACAGACACAGCAGUUAGCCGUGUCAUCCUCUUCGUUGGCAUUGGAGUCAAAUGUGUCAUUCUGCUGUUGCUCUCAGUGUUUAUUAUCUGGGCUUGGAAGAAGAUGCGGAAUUCUGCCGUGGACGAAAUGGAGCAAUGCCACGAUUAUGAAAAUACCAUGAAUAUGAAAAACAUCAACAAUCAUCUCUUCCCAGGACACUUAAAUAACUUGGCAUCUUGCGACCACAACACCUGUGUGUCCAAAGGUGAAUCUAACGAAUAUUCAUCAAUGAUCGCCGUUCAAUAAUCUGUGUGUGUAAACAUCUGAAACCUGUGAACACAACACAACAAUGCUGGCUGCUGUAAUAACUGAUCAUGCUUUUGUAUGUAGGCAUAUUGUCACCUAUCAAAAUGUCAUGACUUAUUUUCUUUGUGUUUUUACAAUCUUUUGAUAAACAAGGAACUGUU